GGGCAGACCCCCCCACUACAUCACCCUGAAGUCCCCUCCCACAAGCCAUCCUGGCUUUGCAGGCUCUGCUUUCAAGAAGCUGCCACCCAGACUCUCCCCAGGAGCAGCUGCUGUAUCUGAUCUGUUGAAGGCUUAGCAAAGAUGAAGGCUUUCCUCUUUGCCCUGCUGGCUGCAGUCCUGUGUGUGGAGCCAGCUCACUUGCUGGUUUGCUUCACCUGCAACGAUGCUUCCUCCAACUGGGCCUGUCUGACCCCGGUGGCAUGCAGCGACGGGGAAAAUCACUGCGUGACGACUUAUUUCAGCGCGAGUGUCGGCAGCCAAUCUGGGCAGACCAUCUCCAAGGGCUGUGCAUCCAUCUGCCCAAACGCUGGGAUUAACCUCGGGAUUGCGGCGGCCUCCGUGACGUGCUGCGAUUCCUUCCUGUGCAACAUCAGUGGGGCCAGCGGCGUGAAAGCCAGUUACACUGUGAUGGCCACGGGCAUCCUGGCCAGCAUCAUCUAUAUCCUCCAGGUCGGCGUGUAACGGGGCCUGGGAAGAAAGGAUUUGCUGCCCUGAAGAGCCCGAGCUCCCCCAGUGAGGCAUCAACCACCCGCUCUGCGCAAAGCUCUCUCAAGGUGUGGCCACCUAUGGUGCCCUUUCUUCCAAGUACUAUCCCAGACCCAAUAUAGCCAAUAUUUCCUCUCUCA